UUCGGUGGUUGGUCGCGAAAAGCGUUUGUGUGCGCUCUGGCUGCAGCUUGGCACGGCUCGUGGUCCGCUGAAUACGGUGUCGCACCGCUUUUCCAAAGGCGCUCCGUCGUUUCGGGAAAGGAAUCUGCUGUUGGCUCUUGCCAGAGAUCGAAGAGAGUGCGCGCGUGUGUGGUUUCGUUUUGGUAUCGGUGAAAACCGUGCAGUGUAAUCGGGGGAGCUGCGAUUGUCAAGCCGCAGCAUCAUUCUAUAGUAGGCCUUGUAUCGCACCACCGUCGUCGUCGUGUUGGGCUGCUGCUGCUGUGGUUUUGCUAAAAUUUUGAUAAGCCGCAAGAAUCAAGCUUGCCUGGAAGGUUGAUAGAAAACGACGUGUACCAUCACCAUCACCGAGGGCGUAAAAUAUACUAAAACCUAAGAAAGAUGGCCCCAAACGCAACGGUGGAGGCAACCGGUGUGCUGAACGAGCUGGACGCCGAAACGAUCGACGGCGGACUGGCGAAGGAUGUGACGCCGCUGAAGCGUGCCGAGAAGCGCAAGAUCAAGCUGGUCUGGAGAAAUGUGAUUGCCUUCGGUUACCUUCAUCUGGCCGCCGUUUACGGCGCCUUUCUAAUGCUGACAUCGGCCCGGCUCUACACCAUCGCUUUCGCAUUCGUGUUGUACGUCGUGUCCGGACUGGGCAUUACGGCUGGCGCGCAUCGUCUGUGGGCCCAUCGGUCGUACAAGGCGAAGCUGCCCCUGCGCAUCAUCCUGGCCGUGUUUAACACGAUCGCGUUCCAGGACUGCGCUCUGCACUGGGCCCGCGACCACCGGGUGCACCACAAAUACUCGGAAACGGAUGCGGAUCCGCAUAAUGCGACCCGUGGCUUCUUCUUCUCGCACAUCGGCUGGCUGCUGUGUCGCAAGCAUCCGGAAGUCAUUGCCAAGGGCAAGCAGCUGGACAUUGCCGACCUGGAAGCUGACCCGGUGCUGCGCUUCCAACGCAAGCACUACAUGAUCCUGAUGCCACUGGCCUGCUUCGUGCUGCCCACGAUUACGCCGGUGUACUUCUGGAACGAAACCUGGACCAACGCCUGGUUCGUUGCCACGCUAUUCCGCUGGACAUUCAUCCUGAACGUGACCUGGCUGGUGAACAGCGCUGCCCACAAGUGGGGAGAUAAGCCGUACGAUAAGAGCAUCUCGCCCUCGGAGAAUCGGACGGUGGCUUCGUUCGCGUUUGGCGAAGGAUGGCACAACUACCAUCACGUGUUCCCGUGGGACUACAAGACGGCCGAGCUGGGCAACUACCGAAUGAACCUGACGACGGCGUUCAUCGACUUCUUCGCCAAGAUUGGCUGGGCGUACGACCUGAAGACGGUGUCGAAGGAGAUCGUGGAAAAGCGCGUCAAGCGCACCGGCGACGGCAGCCACCCGACCUGGGGCUGGGGCGACAAGGAUCAGGACCAGUACGAGGUGAAGCACGCCACCAUUCUCAACCAGAAAGAGGACUAAACAUCAACCACACCCGUCCCCGUCCUCGGGGUGGUGGUGCCACCGACAGUGUUGUUGUUGUUGUGACCGUCCGACAGUAGUAGGAGGGGGUGGUGUGACGAAUCAGACACGUUUCUUCGGAAGGAAUUCAUAGUGUGUAGCGCCACAAGAGUGCAUUCUCGAUUAAGAAGGAGGAGGAAAAGGGAAGGAUAUGUUUUGGAAGAUCGAUCUAGAGAGCACAUGCUUUAAGUGUGUGAUAAGGAGCGAAAUCGAAUGAAAAGAGAAAAAAUCGGUAGGAACUGAGAAUUUGGUUGCGAGUGUGCGCGAUUAUAGAAGGUAACAUGAAAUAAUGCUCUAAGCAAAAAUGAGGAUAACAUCAAAAGGCUGGUUCAUAAGUUUAAAUACGUUUAAAACACACAGACACAUACACACACAAACAUCUCCAUACAAACACAAGUCCGCACCGCACCAGAAGCGAGAUUAGGAAAGGGCGCAUUGCAUUACCUGAACAAUUUAAAAACGAGAAUUACAAAUUGGUUUAAGGACGAACAAAUUAUUAGACCAUUACGUACGGCUGCUACACUACACAAACUGCGUGUGUACUAUUAAGCGGAGCGAAUCGGCCAGAAAACAAACAAAACACACACAGGGUCAUUGUUACUAAAAAGAGGAGUAUUGCUUGAGGAAAGCCGCGCAGAGUGUUUGAAUUCAUCAAGCUCACAGCUGGACGAGUUCAUUGCUGGAGCGCAAUACCAUCGUUUGCCGGCAGUGCUACGGCAUCAACUGAGAAGCAAAAACAGUUUUCGUUUUGUCCAACAAGCUCAGUUCGUGCGAGGAAGGAAGAAAUUGUUAAAACAAACACUAUUCAAGGCUGGCCCCCCCUUGCUGCUCUCCCUUGGUUUUUGGGUUUUUUUUGGUUUAGUUUUCGGCGCACAGGAGAAUCAAAAUUAAUUACACACCCCACACCACCGUCAGCGCCCCCCCCCCACCCUCCGUCUCUCGCAGGCCGAUGCGACAUGACUUUGUGAUAGGAGCAAGAAGGAACAGAAGGGCUUUUCUGCUGUUUUGGUUGGUUCGCCUUCAAUGUUUGGAGACGGCUGCGCUGGCUAGCUUCGAUAUGUAUGUUCCCGCCACACAUGCUUAAUAAUAAUAUACCCUUCGAAUUAGUAAUGUGCGCGCGUGUGUGUGUGUUUAACAUAUAAACACACAUAUGCACGCACGUACACAUACAUAUUAUAGACGCGUAUGUAGAACAGACACACACACACACAGUUCAAAAUGGAAACUAGUGAAUUUUCCAGUAUAGGUAGGCAGGCGAGCGUGGGAUUUGGGUCAAGAGUUUUUUUUUUUUUGGUUAAAUAGUUUGUAGCUGUGGGAGGGGGAUGAUGGGCGCAAAAUUUGAAGCCACACAGGACACACACCACACCACACCGAUAUAUCCUAUCCGUCUGGGGCGUGUGUAUUGGGGUGUGCGGGCUUUUUGCUUAGCUUUAAGUUAGUAAUUUAUUGUUUUUACUUUCCUCUCCCUCUGCGAGGGGUGUGUCUCCUCCUCACCUAGACACCCAGCAUCCUUGCAAGGAUCCAUUCGCUCCUUUGGUGUGCGCUGUGCUUUGGUGUGUCAAUCGAAGCAAGCGCGAUGCGUCCAUAACGAUAUGCAGAGCGAUAGAGAGAGAAGGAAUGUUGUUGAGACACGCACUCCUCUGUGCCGUGUUCGGUCGUUUUUCGAACGACACAUCAACCUGUCCAUGCAGCGGUGUUAGGUGUGUAGUAGAGGUACAUGAAAUAAAAUUAAAACAAAAUUGAAGAAA